GCUACUAUUCUAUUCUUCCUCUGCAAAACUACUAAACCCUCUCUCUCUCUCUCUCUUUCUCUCUCUCUCAAUUUCGUAAUUCUGAACUAUCCAUGGCUUCCUUGAUGUCAGACGCAGAUCGCACCAAACCCAGGGCCUGCUCAAUUCCGAGCCAUAAGGUCCGAAUUGUGGCCCGAAUCCGGGGAUUCACCAACCAAGAAGCUGAAUCUUCGAAUGGAGGUUCACCGCCGUGGAUCUCCAUAACCAAGCCCACCGGAAAUGGUUCUUCUGAGAAGGCGAAGAUUUCAUUCCGUGACCAAUCCACCAGAGAUGCGUACGAAGUGGAUUACUGCUAUGAACAGAAUGAAGAUAAUGGUCUGAUAUUUUCACGGGAGAUAAAACCUUUGAUUUCUGGGGUUUUUGAUGGUCAAAAUCUGACAGUUAUUGCAUAUGGAGCUAGAGGCAGUGGGAAGACCUACUCAAUUCAGGGUACCGAAGACAAACAAGGAUUGGCAACACUUGCAGUUGCGAAAAUUCUGUCAAUGUCUGAUGACGUUGAAAAUUCGGUUUCCAUAUCUUUCUAUGAGGUUUUUCAGGACCAUGUCUAUGACCUUCUUGAUCCCACAAGGCCAGAAGUUCAUGUAUUGGAAGAUGCCCAAGGACAAAUAAAGCUUAAAGGGCUCUCUCAGGGAUUUGUGAAAUCCAUUGAUGAAUUUCACAAGUUAUACAACAGCUGUAGCUUGCAUCGAGCCAUGCACAAGCCACCAUUUGACCUGCCAAGAAGGAGCCACAAGGGUCUCAUUGUGCGUAUUUUAUUUAACAAGGAAGACUCAAAUGUUAAGCUUCUGGGCAAGAUAAAUUUUGUUGAUUUAGCAGGAUAUGAGGAUGCCAGACGAAAGAGUUGUGAAGGCCUCAAUCUUGUUGAGAGUAACAGAGUAAAUAAGUCUUUGUAUGCCUUACUUAAUGUUGUCUAUGCCUUGAAUACCAAUGAAGGCCGCGUGCCAUACCGGGAAAGCAAAUUAACUCGCAUGUUGCAAGAUUCUUUUGGGGGAACAAAUCAUGUAGUGAUGCUCACUUGCUUGAAUCCAUGGUUUUGCCAAGACACACUCUAUGCAGCAAGUUUAGCUUCUAGAUCAUGUCAAGCAACCAAUCGAGUUUCUACAAACUCCGCAAAGAAAAGUAAUGGUUUAGGUUCAGGUUCGGUCAAACCAAUAGUACUUUCUUCAUCGCUUAAAGGUAAACCUGGGGUUGUUUCGACUGCUGUGAAGAAACCAAUAAGCUCCAGAGCACAUUUAUCUGAAAAGAACACCAGUUGCGUGAUAAAGGGAAGGGAGCUCUUUGAUGAAGGAAAUCAUUUGUCAAAUUCUAAGCAGGGAAAGUUUCAGCCAAACAAAGCUUCAGUUCAGUGCAUGUCAGAUAUUUCUUCAUCCACUUUGGCUUCUUCACAAGAAGAGGAUAAGUCUAUUCCAGCUGCUUUUUCAGCCACAGUACAUAAGAAUGAGGGGAGCUCUACAUUAGAUGGUUUUCCAGCUACAGUACCUGAACAUGAGGAAAUUUCAUUACAGAAUGUUCUUGAGGGCACAAAACAUAAAGAAGGGAAGGAUAUUCUGCUACUUGGUGAAAGCUAUCAAUCAGAAGUAACUGCUAACAUUGAGAGCAACAUUGAAGCUUCAACUUAUUCAAAAGAUGGUGCUAACAUGGAAAACGAGAAGAAAAGUUUGCAGAUAAAAGAAGAUGGAUCUCCACCACUAAGUGCAAGAUUGCGAGAUAUAUCUAAUCAUUUGAAGUCUCUCUGUUCUUCAAUUCCAAUACAGUUGGAGUUACUAGAUGGGACUGUUACUUCAUGCAGUGGCCAAGUGGUCUCUACUGAUAUUGUGGAACCAAAAACCCCAGUUACCAAACAUGAUUUUGGAGUCAAAGAUGAACAGGAGUUUACGAAAUUUAGUACCCCUUCGGCAGUGUUUGGUGCACAGAGUUCUAAGAUGAAGGAUUCCCUCGUUCAAGAGUACCUUAGGUUCCUAAAUAGUGCUAGCAAGGAAGAGUUGAAGGAAUUAAAGGGUAUUGGAGAAAAGAGAGCUAGCUACAUUAUUGAACGUCGUGAACAAUCUCCUGAACCGUUCAAGGAUCUUGAUGAUUUGAAGGACAUUGGCCUUUCAGCAAAGCAGAUCAAAGGCAUGAUGAGGAAGGUAGCUGGAGAGCUCUUUAGUUAGGCAGGCCGUAGGUGCGGUGUUGACAUGGCAACAUAAAGUUGCUCUGGUAUUUGUGUUCACUGUUAAUGUCCUUUUUCUUUGUAUCUAUGAUCCAAUGGUAAACCCCUUCUGUGUUAUUAUAGCUUUCAUGAUUAAUAUAUACUGCGAUCCGAUCAACAUGAGUAUCUUCUAUAGAUGCGCUUUUUCUCUUUGUUUAUUUGUAUGAAUCCAGUGGUGGUGUUUUCUUCAAUGAAGUGAUGCUGAAAGACAGAACUACAUGGUUGUUAAUACUGGAAGAAAUGGAUGAAGAUGCAAAGCAAGAUCUUAGUUUUAAUCGGAGAGCAUAAUUGUAGCUUGAUAACUCAGCAGUGAACACAAUGGGAAAGUUGGAGGUUUGCUCAGAUUAUGCUGAAUGGGGAUAACAUUAA